UUCCUUCAAUCAAAUUCCUGUAGACAAAAGAUCUGACAAUAAUAAUAUAAUGGCAACUACCGCAGAAAGCAUACGUGUGCUUGUUGACUCUGCCAAAGUUCAAAGACAGCAAUUUGAAAAACAAAUUUCCGAUAUUGAUAAUAAACUUGAAAAAUUCUCUUUAUCGACUCCUGAAGUUGUGCCUUAUAAGGAUGUUGAAAUUAACAAAGAAAUCCGGUGUGAUGAGUCCUUAAAGGUUGUAAAAUCCUUACCAGACUUUGAAGGCAAGCAUGAAACGUACGUUUCAUGGCGCCAGGCUGCUCAUACAGCUUAUAAGUUGUUCGAGCCUUACGAUGGAAGUUCUAAACACUAUCAGGCAGUAGCAAUAAUUGGAAAUAAAAUAAAGGGUCAAGCCGAUAUGGUGUUAUCCUCAUUCAAUACAGUGUUAAAUUUUAAGGCUAUUAUUGCCCGACUGGACUUUACUUAUUCGUAUAAGCGUCCAAUUUACUUAAUUGAGCAAGAGUUGUCCACUCUUCGUCAGGGUAAUAUGACGUUACUAGAAUUCUAUGAUGAAGUAGAAAAGAAACUGACAUUACUUACCAACAAAACCACUAUGUCAUAUGAAAGUGUUGUCGCAAAUUGUAUGAACGAAAAAUACAGAAUGGAUGCGUUACGCGUUUUCAUUUCUGGCACAAAAAAAGAUUUGAGUAAUGUUCCGCUCGUCCAUCCGACUUACCAUCAGCAUUGGCAUUGGCCCAAGAGGUUGAGUCAAAUCGGGAAAGAUACCAAUUCGCGUCAAACUUCGCUAAAUCACGCGAGGACAGAGAUAAGUAUAACUACCAUUAGAACUAAUUCUAGUGAUCCCGUUUAUACAAAACUAUACCCAUAUCCCAUGGGUGUAGCAGAUUUUGUUAACAAUGAAGUAAAAGAACUUCUGCAUAACGGCAUAAUACGGCCUUCAAGAUCACCCUACAAUAAUCCCGUUUGGGUUGUUGAUAAAAAGGGCAAGGAUGAAUACGUCUCUAAUAGAAACCCGAAUGCUAAGAUAAAACGGUGGGCAGCAUUUGUUGACGAACAUAAUCCCAAAAUUAUUUAUAAACCUGGAAAGGAGAAUUAUGUGGAGGACGCCCUUUCACGACAGAACAUCCAUACUCUGAAUGUAGAAUCUAUGCGCACCGAGAAACAUUUCGAACCUCAAUCUUUGAAUACUUUGGAAGAGGAUAAUCACUCAGAUCUUGCAACGGUACACAGCGAAAUAUCUUUGACCUAUACCAUUGAGGGUACAAAUCUUGAGGAGGAGAAACCAUCGGCAUGCGCGGAUGCGGUUAACCUCCUGGUGCAGGAUGCGGAAGGUGAUGAAAUGGGUAGUAUACCCUCCAACAUCUCUAUCAACAGCAGUGACUCGGGACCAAAAGAGGGAAAAGACCCUAAUCAGGGCAAACCUGCAAGCAGUGAGGAAGUUCGAAAAGAUCCACCCGCUACUGCCUAA